AGGUCAGCUUCGUGCCUCUUUGUAGAUUUCCAAGUAGCGUAUAAUUUAUUUUGUUUAAACUUUUUGUCUAAGCAUCAAAAGUAACAUGUAUUACGCAGUAGAAUUAGAGUAUAUUGUAUUUUAGUCAAUACCUAGUGCACUAGCAGUGUUACAUAAACAGUAGAGUGAUAUUAGUGUCGGCAAUUCAUGCAUAUAGGAUAACAACACGAAUCACGAUACGUCAGUGAAUGAAUGUUGGCUGUAAGAUAAUGGAUGUGGAUACACCUAACAUAUUGAAACGGUGUAGCAGUGCGCCUCUAAUCAAUGAGACUGCAUCGACGGCAGCUACAUCGCCUACGACGACAACUGCGCCCAGGAGUACUUCUUUCUUCGGCAUGUUCUCCAACAGCAGUCUGCCACGGACACGAAGUAACAGCAUCAGCUGCAGUCCACUCUCAGCCGCCAUUAAUAUACCUGUGCUGCAAGCGGCGUGCGGGCGCCGCUUGACCCCGCGCGUGAACCAGCUGCGCGCGGAGGAGUGCGCGGACGUGAGCAACACGCGCGAGCUGGCGCACGAGCGCGAGGUGCACAGCGCCAUGGCGAUGGGCCAGUCGUGCGAGGACCUCACGCUCGUGGCCGGCCUGGCCAACUCGCCCACACGGGUGCCCAGGUUCGCGACAGUGGUAUCCCCAUCCCCCCCGCGCAAGUUCACAACGCGGCGGAGUCUCUCCCCCAACCCGCUGCGAGCGUCCAGCUUCAGCCCGAUCAGCCGACCCAACGUGCUGGUCGGCAAGCGGCGAUGCGAUGACGCGGAAAUGUCACUCUCCAAACGCAUGUGCACAGACAGACGGACACCAACCACCCCCGGAACGCCAGACUCAGACUCCCUAGAAUGCACCUUCCGACCCGUCUCCCCCAGACCGCAACCGAUGAACGAGUCCGACUCGCCAGACACUCAGAACCACAAAGCGAAUCCCAGCUAAUAGAUACAGGGGAAGAUACUGGUGUUGCCUUCUUCGGCCUGGUGCGGUACGCUUACACGUUUCGGUCUGGCAUCUGGUUGGUCUGGUGAACUGGUCCGACUGUUGAUGCAUUCGCUAACGGUCUGGUUAAAAGGAGUUGUAGGUGUUUUAUCAGCCAAUUUGUUGUGCUUGAAGUUAAGUAUAUUUUGAAGUGACUUCUACGACUUUUCGUCAGAAUUACAAAUAUAAAACAAAUUUUCUUCUAACUCGACGUCGUAUUUCAUUCGUUAAAUUGGGAAUUAUAAAUGAUUUCAGAAGAAAUGUUUAAUAUACGAUGUAUAUUCAAGACUAUAACGUACGAGUAAUAUAAAAUAUUGAUUGAUUGAUAUGAAUUAUAUAAAAAUUUGGCCCCGGCUUCAAGCUUAGACAUCAGGCAAGUUGGACGGUAAAAUGGAUUCUGGCUUAAAUGUACAAUCAAAAGCCAGUAAGGGUAGAGAAACUCAUACACAACCCCUAUUUUGAACGUUUAGUUCCUAAUAACGUUGUAGCAAAUGGACGCGAGUGCCCUUUUUUAGCCAAAGCAUCAAACUUUAAUGUAAAUAUAUUAAGAACGCUGUAUAUAGCUGUAGGUCUAAGGAAUAUAGCCAUUAUAUUAUUAUUAGUUAGGGAGUCUUAAAACUCCAUUCAUCCCGCCUUUUCAUUUAUUGUAGAGAAAUUUUGGCGCGCUUUUACCUUGAGUAACGUCAGUUGUUUUUUUUUUUCGUACAUUGCCAGUUUUUAUUGGCAGCUGUUUUCAAUAUAUUUUAGAACAUAUUCCCACUUUUUUAAGGAGAUAUGUAUGACAUUUGAUUCAGAAAUUAAUAACGUAUAAAAAGUAGUAUUUCCGAUGGCAAUUUUUAUUAUUUUCAUACAAUUAUUAAUUACGAUAUAGUCUUAAUACUUGAGGUAACAUUAGAGCGCCAAUGUAAUGUAAUAAUAUGUAAUAUUUGUAAUCAAUUCUGUUAGUAAAAUAAUUAUUUUUGUUUGGUUUGUUUUGUUGUGUUCAUUAUUCACUUGGAAUAAAUAUUGUUUUGAUUGUACCAUAUUGGUAAAUUCUAUUGAAUGUUGAUAUAUAAAAAUUAAAAACAAAAAUUUAUGUAUUUUCAUCAAUUUACAAAUUUAAAUGACUGAGGCUUGGUUGGUAGUGGCCCUGCCUUCCAAGCCAGAGGUCGUAUGUUCGA